UUUUCGUUAGGGAAAAAAAAAAACCAACAUCCUCUGAUCAUCACAAACCCAUCAAAGAGACAAAACCAAAAAACCCCAAAACCAAACAAACCUUAAAAAUCUAUUUUCCUCUCUCCCUAUUUAUCUCUCUUUGCCCUCCUCUUCUCUUCAUUUACCCUCGCAAACCCUAACCAUGUGAUGAUCACCAUCUUCACCAGCUCUCUUCCCAUAACCAUCAUCCUCAACAAGGCUAGCUAGCGAGAAAGAUGAGUUCCAACGCGAGUUCCAGCGGCGGAUCGAGCAGUGGCGCCGGCGGCAGCAGCGGCGCAGGAGGAAGCGGCAGUGGGUGCGGAGGGACUGCUGGAGGUGGUGGGCCUUGCGGUGCAUGCAAGUUCCUCAGGAGGAAGUGCGUGCCCGGGUGCAUAUUUGCCCCGUACUUCGACUCUGAGCAAGGGGCGGCCCACUUCGCGGCGGUCCACAAGGUCUUCGGGGCUAGCAACGUGUCGAAACUCCUCCUCCACAUUCCCAUCCAUAAGCGGCUUGACGCGGUCGUGACGAUUUGUUAUGAAGCUCAGGCCAGGCUCCGGGACCCGGUCUACGGUUGCGUGGCCCACAUAUUCGCUCUCCAGCAGCAGGUUGUGAGCCUGCAAACGGAGCUGUCCUACUUGCAAGCCCAUCUUGCAGCUCUGGAGGUGCCAACACCGCCGCCGCCUCCGCCGCCACCGCAACUGCUCAUGCCGCCACCUCUCUCUAUCGCUGACCUCCCAAUGGCCUCCUCUGUCCCUGCCACCUAUGAUUUGUCAACGCUCUUUGAUCCGAUGGUGCAGCCUUCAUGGGCCAUGCAGCAGCAGCGCCACAUCGAUCCCCGUCACUUCGUAGGCAGUGGCACUGGAGUCUCCUCCGCAGCUGCAGUAGGCAGCAGUGAACUUCAAGCGCUCGCUCGUGAGCUCCUGCACCGGCAUGGGUCUCCACCACAGCCUCAGGGCGGCUCUCUCCCAUGCCCUGAUGCUUCAUCGUCACCAUCCCCUUCUUCGAAAUGAGACUGACCCAAUUAAUGGAUCGAUCGUAGUGGUUUGCCCCAGAAAUUUCAUGUUCAUUUGAUACUAUAGAAGAGGGAGCUGAUGAGUUAAAUUUCUUGAUAUUCCAGAGGGAAUUAAGUAGUUUUAACUAAUUAAAGGGUAUUAUAUUAUAUAUAUUUGUAGUUUCUCCGACUUCAUUUUGCGUAUUCUCAUAAUAUCAGACAUACUAAUUGAACAAGUAGUUUUAUA